AUGUGUACACAAACCCUCCUCAAUCAGAGCUAUAAUCUUUCCAUUCUAAUCCACUCUCUACUUCGGAUCAUAGACAGCAACAUAACCCCAAAGAAGACGAAACAAACAAUGGCAACCAUGACUGGAGUGAGUCUUUCAUGCCCCAGGGUUUUGUUCAACGCAUCGGGCUCACGGCAAAGCGCGCAUGCCAUAAGAUUCGCACUUCCACUCAGCCAACCGAUGCGAGCAGGUGCUAUCCAGAUGGGUCAGGUGAUGAGGAUCCGACCCGUUCGUGCCGCUCCGGAUAAGAUAUCGGAGAAGGUGGAGGAGAGCAUAAAGAACGCACAAGAAGCGUGUGCCGGCGAUCCGACGAGCGGCGAGUGCGUGGCGGCGUGGGACGAGGUGGAGGAGCUGAGCGCGGCGGCGAGCCAUGCGAGGGACAAGCAAAAGGAAAAGGAUUCGGAUCCGCUGGAGAACUACUGCAAGGACAACCCGGAGACAAUAGAGUGCAAAACUUUCGAUGACUGA